AUGCGAUUGCCCUCAACAUGGCGGCCGCGGCGGUCGUCGCGCGCUCCCAGUAAGGGCGCGCCGUCGCGCCUGCUCACCUUCGCGUCGCUUGCGACGCUAUCAAAUGCCAUCAGCGUGGUCCCGGUGUCAUCGCCAAACCUGGACCUGAGCAAAUUGGGCAAGACGGGAAUUGCUGGUGACUUUACGGGUAUAUCAUUGUACAUGUGGGAAGGACAGAACGAAAAUUCUUUUGCGACAAAUGGUUCCCAAUCACUCAUGACCCAAUUUCCUGAUGGGUCGUUUCUCAAUGUUCUGGAUAGCGACGCGUCUAUUCAGGCAUUAUGCGUCUUGAACGACGCGUUAAUAUUGGGCGGGAACUUUACCAGUUUGGGCGGUUCAGAGUUUACCGCUAUCGCAUCCAUGGACCUCAACACCACCAAACUCACCAAUAUGACCGGAAUCACGGGUCAGGUUAACAGCCUGUUUUGUGACGAGGAUUCUAAUACAGUUUACGUGGGUGGAAGUUUCCAAGCUGACGAGUCCACGAAUGCGAUAAAAUGGACAGACGAUAGCUGGACAAGUCUCCCAUUUGCAGGUUUCAAUGGACCUGUCAUGUCCAUUACCCAAGCUGCGAAUGGCAAUAUCAUCUUUGGAGGAAGCUUCACCGGCUUGGGAAACACCUCGACCCCGAGCGAAACAAGUGAAAUAUUGGUAAAUCUGUCAACGGCAAACAUAUCGACCACAGCAGGUGCCACCACUUCAGGUUUUAGCGACCCCGAAAAUAUCAUCUGCAAGACCGACGGCGCAGAUGGAUCUGGAAACACGUGGCUGAUGGAGGACGAUACCGCCGGUUCGUGGACAGCAACCUUCGACUUUGGAUUUGAGCCCACCAGACUGCGGCUGUACAACACUCACCAGGAUGGGCGAGGCACCCAAACUUGGAGAUUUACCGCUUUCCCGAUCAACGGUAUCAUGAACUUUACCUACAUUGAUCCGGCCACCAACCAGAAUGCAUCCUGCACAAGCGAAUGCCCAUUGAGCGACGACACCUCGGUCGAAUACCAGGACUUUUUCUUCGUCAACAGUGUGGGCAUGAAUGAGUUCACCAUCGAUGUGUCGGCUUGGUAUGGUAGUGGAGGUGGUUUUGACGGCAUUGAGCUCUUCCAGGACAACAUUUACACCUACGCGAUCAAUGACUUCAACGAGCCAUCCUGCUCAAAUACUUCAUUCCCGUCCACUGCAACAUCGACAGGCUCGUGGACCACUACGCCAUCUGGACAGAGCAACUCCGAGUAUCUUUCAGCCCAACUGACAGGCACGAUCUCGUCAGACUCAGCUGCCGUCACAUUUUACCCUGACGUGCGUGAAUCUGGUAACUACACAGUCAGUUUGUACACGCCUGGCUGUUUACAGGAUAGCACUUGCACCAGCCGUGGGCAAGUCAAUGUCACGUGGACCUUGACAGCAGAUGAUGACACCGAUGAUAACGUGAAAAUACUUUAUCAAAGUAACAACUAUGAUAAAUACGACGUCCUGUUCACCGCGGUCAUGGAUGCCGCGUCCUCCUCCUUCCGUCCAAGCAUUGUUCUCACUCCAGCAAACAACCAAGAUACAACCAACCUUACCGUCGUCGCCCAACGGAUUGGCUUGUACUUGCAGAACUCGACCGGGGGGCUGAAUGGACUUUUCGAGUACGAUCCUAGCAAAGCAACAGUCGACACUUCAGAUUUCAGCACUUCGCAAUUCGACAAGCUGGGAUCUGGUUUUGACUCUCGAUCGGCCGUGACGACCCUGGUUCAGGAUGGAGAUAUUACCUACAUCGGUGGCAAUUUCUCGUCAAGCAGUGUCAAGAAUAUUGUUGGAAUUGAUACAUCAAACAACUCGACAGUCGAGCUAGAUGGCGGCUUGAACGGUGCAGUGAAUUCUCUCUAUGCAUCGGAUGGACAGAUCUACGCUGGCGGAUCGUUCGACAACAACCUGGACGGCUCCGAUUCAGGCCUCAGUCACGUGGCAGUCUACGAUGCCAGCAGCAAGCAAUGGUCGCCGCUUGGCGCUGGAGUAGAUGGUCCAGUUGCUAGCGUCGCUCCCAUGACCCUGAAUAUUAGCAGCAGUACUGCCGAGACCGUGGUCGCCCUGACGGGUUCCUUCAACAGUUUGAUUGCUUUCGACGACAAUUCGGAGAUCUCAGUCAGUGGCUUCGCGGUUUGGGUGCCAUCACAGAAAAAUUGGCUGCAACAUGUCAAUGGUACUUACCCUUCCAUUAGUGGUCUGCUGACAACAUCCUUGCUCAAUGCCACUAACGGCAUGUCGUUGUAUGCUGGCUCAAUGUCAUCGAAGGCAAUCAGCGCGAAUGGAGUUGUCGCCAUGGGCGAGACGCUGGGAACCUUCCCAGUCAAUUUUACAUCGAAGUCUACGAGCAGCAACACCACGAGUACGAAACGAGCUUCCGUGAUCAACAGCACUGAUACACUCACUGGUGUGCAAACCGGUGCGUUCUACAAUGAUGGUGCCGUUACCAUUCUUGGUGGACACUUCACUGCAACCACUAGCAAUGGCUCAACUGCCAGCAAUUUGGUCAUUAUCGACAGCGACAACAGCAACGCCACUACUGGCCUACCGUCUGGUGUAUCUGAUGAGUCCACAUUUUAUACACUUGCCGUCCAGGAUGACAACCUGUUUGCGGGUGGUCUUGUGAAGGGAACCAUUGGCCAGUCAAGUGUAUCAGGUCUGGUUUCCUACAACCUAGCCAACUCUAAAUUCAACAACCAGCCACCAGGUCUCGUCGGCUACGGUGACGAUGAUGCGAUUGUGACCUCGAUUAAAGUCCGCCCUGACACGAGCGAUGUCUACGUCGGUGGUUCUUUCAAGUCAGCAGGCACUUUGGACUGUCCAGGUGUAUGCACGUACUCAACCUCGGACGAACAGUGGACUCGCCCCGGCUUGGGCCUGCAGGGCAAUGUUAGCUCCAUGGUUUGGCCAAGCAGCUCUACACUUGUAGCAGGCGGUGAGUUAAGCAUCAAUGGAACGACCUACUAUCUAGCCUCGUUUGAUGCAUCCAGUGCUGUCUGGACGGCUUUUUCGGAACAAUCUUCUCUGCCUGGCCCAGUAGAUGCUGUCACGACUGCCAACAGCGAUGGCACACAGUUCUGGGCAGCUGGAACUGCGAGCGAUUCCAGCUCUGUUUACCUCAUGAAAUACAACGGGUCCGCUUGGGAAUCAGCAGGUGUCAGCCUCAACGAAGAUUCCGUCAUCAAGAGUUUGCAGGUAUUCUCAGUCACAUCUUCCCACGACUCGAGUGCUUUGCUCGACACCAAUGAAGUUCUUAUGAUCACUGGAUCUCUCAGCAUUCCUAACUUCGGAACGGCCUCGAGUGUCAUUUUCAAUGGUACAGCACUUCAGCCCUAUGCGCUGACAGGUAAUACCGGAAAUACUGCGGGCUCAAUUUCGAGAAUCUUCGUCCAGAACGAGGACUUUUUCUCAAGCGGCAGUUCCGGAUUAGCAGUCGGCUUUGUUGUCCUGAUAGGACUGGCGAUCUCGCUGGGAAUAAUGCUCCUAAUCGUGGUCGCCGGUCUAUUAUUGGAUCGAUACAGAAAGAAGCGUGACGGUUACGUCCCUGCCCCUACUUCGUACGAUCGAGGUGGUGGCAUGAGCCGCAUUCCUCCCGAAGAGCUUCUUGACUCAUUGAGCAAGGGUCGAUCUGGCGCAACUCCGCAAAUAUGA